AUGUAUGCGGAUAUGAUCAGUCGAGACAGUGGGUUCUACGACGCAGCCGAAGGAAUGGCCCGAGUAAGAGCACGAGACGACUUCGCUUUCAUCCGUGAAUCACCGUAUCUCAGUUACGACUUAACAUUCGCACCUUGUGAUUUGGAAAUGGUCCGAAGUUCUUCGAGUCCAAAAACUGGACCAGGUUAUGGGUUCGCAUUUCCAAAAGGAUCCCCACUGACUGAAAUAUUCUCGAAGAACAUUCUAGAAAUUAUUGAGGACGGGACUAUGGCCAAGAUCCACCGAACUUGGUUCGUAACACGAUCUCAAUGCUCGGAUAAGCACAAAUUGGCAGCAAACGUAGAAACAAUUGGCUUUGACGAUAUCCGAGGAGUCUUUUUGGCAUUUAUAAUUGGUCUUGUGCUGUCUUUUGUCAUUUUUGGAGUUAAAGUUGGCAUCAAAGCUGCAAAGAACGCUGACAUUUGCUCUAAGAUUAAACAAAUAGUAAAAUUUUGA